AUGCCAUCCUCAAAAGUCGCCAACAGCUCUGCUGGGGGCCAGGUCAGCAAUCGCCUGCGCAGCUUCUUUCGCAUGAACAGCAGCGCCAGCAGUAUCGGCGAAAAAGAAAGGAGCAGCAACUCGCUCAACCUCAACGGGCCUUCGAGCAACGGCAGCGGCAGCGACUCGCACUCUACCAAAACCUCUCGACACACAAAACUAUUCAACAGCACCGUUGGUCGCCUGAGGUCGCAUACCGUCGCCAGCGAGAGCAACAAGCUAGAGGAGGCAAUGAGCCCUACGGCGCUUGCCAACCCCUACUUUGCUCACCAGGGACAGCCUGGCCUGCGCCAUCACAACGAAGGCUCUGUGCCACCAAGUCCUCCCGAUACGCCAACGUUGAAGGUGUCGGGCCCAGAUGGCACAGAGGCCGAACAGGCUACAAGCGAAACUAAGGAAGAGCUGGCCCGCAGGUUAAGGAGGGUUGCCAGUGCACCUAAUGCUCAGGGACUGUUUGCGAGUGCUGGAAAUAAGGGCGAGCGCCCGGGCACCGCUGAACUCGGCAAAGACCCCUUGAUCCAGAAUGCCAAGUCAGGGUCACUGGGCCUCGUCGACGGCGGCAAGGCCGAUGCAGCACAGCAUUUACAGAGCGAAGAUACUCUGGGUGCCCUGCCUCCCCCGCAGACUUCUUUAGCCUUCCGCAGAACGUAUAGUUCCAACUCGAUCAAGGUCCGCGAUGUCGAAGUUGGCCCUGCCAGCUUCGACAAGAUCAAGCUUAUUGGCAAAGGUGAUGUGGGCAAAGUCUACUUGGUUAGAGAAAAGAAGAGCAACCGGCUCUACGCCAUGAAAGUCUUGAGCAAGAAGGAGAUGAUUAAGCGAAACAAGAUUAAGCGCGCCCUCGCUGAACAGGAAAUUCUUGCGACAAGCAACCACCCCUUUAUCGUCACUCUGUACCACUCGUUCCAGUCAGAGGACCAUCUUUAUCUUUGCAUGGAAUACUGCAGUGGAGGAGAAUUCUUCAGAGCACUCCAGACUCGCCCUGGCAAGUGCAUUCCAGAGGACGAUGCUCGUUUCUACGCCGCCGAGGUCACGGCUGCUCUGGAGUACCUCCAUCUCAUGGGUUUCAUCUACCGAGAUUUGAAGCCGGAGAACAUCCUGCUUCACCAGUCCGGCCACAUCAUGUUGUCGGAUUUUGACUUGUCAAAGCAGUCUGGCCCUGGUGGCAAGCCGACGAUGAUUGUUGGCAAGAACGGAGCUAGGACCGAUUCUUUGCCCACGAUUGACACGCGAUCAUGCAUCGCCGACUUUAGGACAAACUCGUUUGUCGGCACCGAGGAGUACAUUGCCCCCGAGGUGAUCAAGGGCAGUGGCCACACGAGUGCAGUGGACUGGUGGACCCUGGGCAUCCUCAUCUAUGAAAUGCUCUACGGAACCACGCCUUUCAAGGGCAAGAACCGAAAUGCCACCUUUGCCAACAUCUUGCGUGAGGACAUUCCCUUCCCGGACCACACUGGAGCGCCACAAAUCUCAAACCUCUGCAAAUCGCUCAUCAGGAAACUGUUGAUCAAGGACGAGAACCGCAGAUUAGGUGCCCGAGCUGGUGCCUCUGAUAUCAAAGCCCACCCCUUCUUCCGAACGACUCAGUGGGCUCUGAUUCGCCACAUGAAGCCGCCUAUUGUCCCCAACCAGGGCCGUGGAAUCGACACCAUCAACUUUAGGAAUGUUAAGGAGAGUGAAAGCGUUGACAUCAGCGGGGCCAGAGCCGUUGGUGUUCCCCUGGAUAGCGGACUGGCAACCCCGGGCACUGAAGCUGCAGACCCAUUCCUUGAGUUCAACAGCGUCACGCUUCACCACGAUGAUGAUGUGCAGUUCCACGACAUAGCCUAUGCUUCAUCACCCUCUUCCCGAAGUUGA